AUGGACGGUGGACACAGCCUCAGGAUGGACGUUACUGUCCGAGAGCUCAUGGAGCUCUUUCUGCAGAGCCCGUUGGUGGCAGGGGUGACCCGCCACCAGGAGAGCCUGUUGGACCUGCAGUGGUUGGAGGUCCCAGACAUGGCCCUGGGGGAGGUGGAGUACCUCUCUAGCAGCAUGACCUGUCGCCUCAGGAGGGUCUUAAUUGAGCAAGACCAUUGCAGGGAGCUGUUUGUGACCAUGACCCAGGAGUGGAACACCAGCAGCCGCCCCAGCGAGGACACGCAGCACCUGGCCAUGGAGCUGGUGGACACCAAGGCCACCCUGCGUGGUGUCAGGCAGGAGCUGGAGGAGAAGACAAAGCAACUGGCAGACACCAGGAAUCAGUUGUACCAGCUGGUGCUGGAGCUGCAGGAGGCCCGGCACAAUAAUAUGGAGCUGGCAGCCAGAGCCCAGGCUUCCUGUGCCCCGGUCCCUGAGCUGGACUCCCUGAGGGAGAAGGCGAGCCGCGUGGAGAGGCUGGAGAUGGAGGCGAUGGGCCUCAGGCAGAAGCAGAAAGACAUAGUAGAGUUCUAUGCAUCCCGCAUGAAGGUGAGGCUGACCAGGGUAGGUGGCCGAUAAUUAAUGGACACGAAGGGCCUUCUCCAGGAGCAGCUGACUGUUGCUUGGUCCCGGGUCGAUAAGCUAUACGAGCUUGAGGAGGAGAACGUGCAGCUGAAAUCAAAGCUGCGCCGCCUACAUUUGGUAGGACAGGCUACCCAGAAACACCUUGAGGAGCUGCAGGAAGAGAACUUGGCUCUCAAGGCUGCACAGGGGCAGACUGUGGAGGAGUCCGCCCACCUGCGCUGGGAGCUGGACCAGCUGUCAGAGGCCUCCAGCUGCUUCCUGAAGCUGGACCAGGAGAAGCAGAGUCUCCAGGGCACCAUCCAGGGGCUGCAGGACGCCUCCCUGGCCCUGCAGGAGAGCAGCCUCCAGCGCCGGGAGCUGGAGGAGGAGAACCAGCAGCUCAGAAAGCAGAUUGAAGACUUGCGAGUCCAGAUGGAAAGAGAAAAGCAGACCAACCAGGAUCUGGAGAUCCUCAGUGAGGAGCUGAUGGAGGAGAGAGAACAGCUGCUCUGUGACAUAGAGACCCUGAAGGCUGAGAGAGCCCAGGAGAUCAAGGAUCUUGAACAAUUGGAGCUUUCGCUACGGGAGAGUUCACAGGCCAGCAGUGAGGCCUGCUUGCAGGACAUCGAGAAUGAGAACAAAGUCCUCCACCAGACAGUGAUGGAGACCAGCAGCAGAGUCAGCAAGCUGGAGUGGGAGCGGCAGCAGCUGCACCAGGAUCUGGAGCAGGUGAAGGAGCAGGCGGCACGGGUGCAGGAGCUGGAGCAGGAGCUGCAUCGGCUGCAGGAGGAGAACGAGAAGCUGGCCAUGGAGGUCAGCACCCUGACGACGGCCCCCGAAAGGGUCCAUGCCCUGGAGCGGGAAAGCCAGGACCUGUUGCUGGAGAACCAGAGGCUGCAGACGUCUCUGGACACCCUGCAGCCUGAGGGUCUGGAGCGGGACAAGCAGCUGGACACCAGGGUGGAAAAUUCCACUCUGAGCCCCCAGAGCGCCUCGCUCACUGCGCUCAUAGAGAAGAACACGCAGCUCCAGCACCAGCAACUGGCGGCAGCCCACGAGGCCCUGCAGCGGGAACACGCGUGCCUGGGCGCGCUCCAUGAGCACCUGUCUGGGGAACACGAGGCCCUCAUGGAUGAGUACAGCCGCCAGAAGACACUGCUGCGACGGACCCUGGAGCUGGAGAGCAAGGUGCUCAGUGACAGAUACAAGGACCAGAUCCAACAUAAGGUGGCGCUGGAGCAGCUGGGGACCCUCUUGACCACCGAGCAGGAGGCUCUGCAGCAGGAGCAGAGGACGAGCGCCAUGGCCGCCGAGGAGAACCAGAGGCUGCAGGGAGAGCUGGACAGGAAUCCCAGUCUGCUGCUUUCCCACCUCAAGGGCAACUUGGAGGGAGAAAACCGUCACCUGCAGAGCCAAAACCAAAGGUUGAAAGAGCAGAACAAGAGGCUUCUCCAGGAGGACGUGGAGAACAAGGACCAGCACCAGGAGCAGCAGCAGCAGCAGCAGUACGUGUGA